AUGAGUCCAGCCCUGUCUCCCGUCGGGCUGAUCGUCGAAAUCGAGAAGGUCGCACAUCCCAACGCCGGAUUAUGGGACGCCCUGUACGCCCGCCACCAGCCGCGUCACGUACGUACAACCAUCAGCAAUUCCAACCUCACCAGAUGCGGUCACUAUACUGUCCCUUGUGUUGCGGGGCCAGACUGCGACCCGGGACGAUUCUCCCCAAUGAGAAAGUCGAGACAUUUGGCCGCUGCUCCCAAGGCCACUCUCAGUCAAUACUAUACGAUGCGGUGGAACCGGCCAAGCAAAAGUGGUCAACGCCCUCGACGUACCGUGCGCUAUCCUGAGAACAUUUGCGAAAGAUUGUCGAUUCUACCCUCCCGAUUCCCGACGCCGAUGCAAUCCCUUCAUGUAUUGCUACCUCGCCUGAGCAAGCAGCUAGCUAACAGUGGAGUGUACGAAGCUGUGGCCUGCGAGAAUUCCAACCGAUCCAACCAGGCGCACUCGGAUCUUGUGGUUGUGAAGCGCCCAAAAGAGCCCCAAGUUUGA